AUGCUUGAUCAGAAAUUAGGCCUAGUUCACAAUGACCUGGCGGCCAUCCACUCCAAACUGAGCACAACAAAACAGGAGAUUUUUGUAGAAAUAAGGAAAGAAAUUAACUUUGCUAUCGAAAAAAUAAAUCAAGAAUUCACUGCCACCACUGAUCGUUUAGAUGACCAAAUUUCGUGCUUUAAAGCUGACCUUUCAUCGCUGGAUGUAAAAGUUAAGGAGCUGGCGUCAGAAAAUUCGCGUUUAAACGCUGAACUGCUUUCUAUGAAGAAUAAUAGCCAAAACAAAAUGACAGAGACCUCUACACUACACGACAUUGUUGACCAAAUGAAGUUAGAGAUCAACGACAGGGAUCAGGCAUUACUCCUCAAUGAUGUAGAAAUAAGCGGAGUUCCAGAGCAUAAGUCAGAGUCCACUAUCCAUAUAGUCCAAACUAUUGCACUUAAAAUAGGACUGAACAUAGACGAGCGAGACAUAGUGAGUGCCAAUCGUGUCGGCCAACCUCGCACCAGCAAUACUGAGGGGGGAAGAUCGCACCAGGACAAUAGGACAUCAAGUAGUGAGACCGCGUCAGCCAGUGCUAAUCAGGACCUAAUUCGCAACAGUGGCAGCGCGAGCGGGCCGCGCCCUCGGCCGCUUGUCGUGCGGUUCACUCGCCGAGCGCUCCGAGACGAAUUAUUAAAAAGUGCGCGUAGCCGCCGCGGGCUGGACUCCCGGGACGUUGGUCCUCCCGAUCAUAUACCUACUAAGCUUUACCUUAACGACCGGCUCACAAAAACGAACCGGAGUAUCUUCUGGCAGGCCCGACAGGCUGCUAAUGCUGCAAAUUGGAAGUACGUCUGGACGAGGGAUGGGCGCAUCUACGCCAGGAGAUCCGAUAGCGGCGAAUGUAAAGCUGUUCCUAUUAAAACAGAGAAAGACAUUGCGCGUGUUUUUGGCGUCGCCCCCUCCUCCUCAUCGGCUAGUAAAUAG